AUGGACAAAUUAUUAUCAGAGUCUUCCCCAUAUGAUAUUCACACAAUAACAGCUCUUUAUCAUCUCAUCGAAGGAAAACCUCAUGAAUUUGAAAAUAUUCAAUGGCUAGAUCAAUCAUUUUGUUCAAUACUUCAAUCUUUGUCAACGCUUAAUGAUGAAGAUAAUGAAUUUGCUAUUGAUCGAUUAUUAAUUAAAAUUGCUUUCUCAAAUCAUCAGUUAUUACCUUCCAAUCUAAAUACUUUCAAAGGAUUUUCACUUGAUAAAAUCAUUGAAAUGAGUUCGAUUCCUAUGAUUAUUACUUUAUAUGGUGACUUAAAAGGAGAUGGUUAA